CGUGCGCCGCCUCUCCAGCCGGUGGCCGCCUGCGGUCCUCGCCGCGGACUCUUCCUCCCUUCUCCUCGCGCGCCGCUCCUCCUCGGCUCCUCCCGAUCCCUCCUCCGCCGCCUGGUCCCUCCUCCUUCCAGCCCAGCCUUCCCGGCCCCCGCCCCCGCGAGCUAGACGUCUGGGCAGCCCCCGGCGCGGCGCGGCCGCAGCAGCCUCCGCCCCCGGCACGGUGUGCACGCCCGCGGUCAGGGCGGCCCGAGCCCGGAGCGAGUCCCGAGCUGGUCCCGAGCGAGCCCCGGCGGCCGCCGCCUCCCAGACCGGACGACAGGCGACCUCCGCGUCCACCCGAGUCCCGCCUCGCCGCCGCCGUCCCCGCGCACGGCCGCCCGACUCGGUCCCGCCUGAUUGCGAAGACCCCGAGCCGGCGCUUGGGGGCAACGAUGCGACCCUCCGGGACCGCGGGAGCCGCGCUCCUGGUCCUGCUGGCCGCGCACUUCCCGGCGAGUCCGGCGCUGGAGGAGAAGAAAGUUUGCCAAGGCACGAGUAACCGGCUCACCCAGCUGGGCACUUUUGAAGACCACUUCCUGAGCCUUCAGAGGAUGUUCAAUAACUGUGAGGUGGUCCUUGGGAAUCUGGAAAUUACCUACAUGCAAAAGAAUUACGACCUUUCCUUCUUAAAGACCAUCCAGGAAGUUGCCGGCUAUGUCCUCAUUGCCCUAAACACCGUGGAGAAGAUUCCCUUGGAAAACCUGCAGAUCAUCCGAGGAAACGUGCUCUAUGAAAACAUGCAUGCCUUGUCCGUCUUAUCCAACUACGGCACGAACAAAACCGGGCUGCAGGAGCUUCCCCUGAGAAACUUACACGAAAUCCUCCAGGGCGCCGUGCGCUUCAGCAACAACCCUGUCCUCUGCAACGUGGACAGCAUCAAGUGGCAGGACAUCGUGGACGACAGUUUUGUAAGCAACAUGUCAAUGGACUUCCAGAACCAUGCGGGCAAUUGCCAAAAGUGUGAUCCGAGCUGUCCCAAUGGAAGUUGUUGGGGUCCGGGAAAGGAGAAUUGCCAGAAAUUGACCAAAAUCAUCUGUGCCCAGCAGUGUUCGGGGCGCUGCCGCGGCAGGUCCCCCAGCGACUGCUGUCACAACCAGUGUGCCGCCGGCUGCACAGGGCCCCGCGAGAGCGACUGUCUGGUGUGCCGCAAGUUCCGCGACGAAACCACGUGCAAGGACACCUGCCCGCCGCUCAUGCUCUACAACCCGACCACCUACCAGAUGGACGUCAACCCAGAGGGAAAAUACAGCUUUGGUGCUACCUGCGUGAAGAAGUGCCCCCGUAACUACGUGGUGACCGACCACGGCUCGUGUGUCCGAGCCUGCAGCUCCGACAGCUACGAGGUAGAGGAAGAUGGAGUCCGCAAGUGUAAGAAGUGUGAGGGGCCUUGCCGCAAAGUGUGUAAUGGAAUAGGCAUUGGCGAAUUUAAAGACACGCUUUCCAUAAAUGCUACAAAUAUUAAACACUUCAAAAAUUGCACGUCAAUCAGCGGAGAUCUUCAUAUCUUGCCUGUAGCGUUUAGAGGUGACUCCUUCACGCGUACUCUGCCUCUCGAUCCAAAGGAACUGGACAUUCUAAAAACUGUAAAGGAAAUAACAGGGUUUCUGCUGAUUCAGGCCUGGCCUGAAAACAGAACUGACCUCCAUGCUUUUGAGAACCUAGAAAUCAUACGUGGAAGAACAAAGCAACAUGGUCAGUUUUCUCUUGCGGUCGUCGGCCUGGACAUAACGUCCUUGGGUUUACGCUCCCUCAAGGAGAUCAGUGAUGGGGAUGUGAUCAUCUCGGGAAACAAAAAAUUGUGCUAUGCGAAUACAAUAAACUGGAAAAAACUAUUUGGGACUUCAAGUCAGAAAACCAAAAUUAUAAACAACAAAGAUGAAAAAGGCUGCAAGGCCAUGGGCCACGUCUGCCAUCCUUUGUGCUCAUCAGAGGGCUGCUGGGGCCCAGAGCCGAAAGACUGUGUGUCCUGCAGAAACGUCAGCCGGGGCAAGGAAUGUGUGGAGAAGUGCAAUGUUCUGGAGGGGGAGCCAAGGGAGUUUGUGGAGAACUCCGAGUGUAUACAGUGCCAUCCGGAAUGCCUGCCCCAGCCCAUGAAUGUAACCUGCACGGGACGGGGACCGGACAGCUGUGUCAAGUGUGCGCACUACAUCGACGGCCCGCACUGCGUCAAGACCUGUCCGGCUGGCAUCAUGGGAGAGAACAACACCCUGGUCUGGAAGUUUGCAGACGCCAAUCGCGUGUGCCACCUGUGUCAUUCCAACUGUACCUAUGGCUGUGACGGGCCAGGUCUUGAAGGCUGUACGAUAGAAGGGAACAAGAUCCCACCCAUUGCCAUUGGGAUUGUGGGCGGCCUUUUCUUGGUGGUGAUGGUGGCCCUCGGGGUGGGCCUCUUUUUGCGCCGGCGCCAUAUUGUCCGGAAGCGAACCCUUCGUAGACUGCUGCAAGAAAGAGAGCUUGUUGAGCCUCUUACGCCCAGCGGAGAAGCUCCCAACCAAGCUCUCUUGAGGAUCUUAAAGGAAACAGAAUUCAAAAAGAUCAAGGUGCUGGGCUCUGGAGCAUUUGGCACGGUGUACAAGGGACUCUGGAUCCCAGAAGGUGAGAAGGUUAAAAUUCCCGUGGCCAUCAAGGAAUUAAGAGAAGCCACAUCUCCGAAAGCCAACAAGGAAAUUCUUGAUGAAGCCUACGUGAUGGCCAGUGUGGACAAUCCACAUGUCUGCCGCCUCCUGGGCAUCUGCCUCACCUCCACAGUCCAGCUGAUCACACAGCUCAUGCCCUUUGGCUGCCUCCUGGACUACGUCCGCGAGCACAAGGACAACAUCGGCUCCCAGUACCUGCUCAACUGGUGUGUGCAGAUUGCAAAGGGCAUGAACUACCUAGAGGACCGGCGCUUGGUGCACCGCGACCUGGCAGCCAGAAAUGUCCUGGUGAAGACACCACAGCACGUCAAGAUCACAGAUUUUGGGCUGGCCAAGCUGCUUGGUGCCGAGGAGAAAGAAUACCAUGCGGAAGGAGGCAAGGUGCCUAUCAAGUGGAUGGCUUUGGAAUCAAUUUUACACCGAAUUUAUACCCACCAAAGUGAUGUGUGGAGCUACGGGGUCACUGUUUGGGAGUUGAUGACCUUCGGGUCCAAGCCUUAUGACGGAAUCCCCGCCAGCGAGAUCUCCACCAUCCUGGAGAAAGGAGAGCGCCUCCCGCAGCCGCCCAUAUGCACCAUCGAUGUCUACAUGAUCAUGGUCAAGUGCUGGAUGAUAGAUGCAGACAGUCGCCCCAAAUUCCGUGAGCUGAUCAUUGAAUUCUCCAAAAUGGCCCGAGACCCCCAGCGCUACCUUGUCAUCCAGGGAGAUGAGAGAAUGCACUUGCCGAGCCCUACAGACUCCAAUUUUUACCGCGCACUGAUGGACGAAGAGGACAUGGAGGAUGUGGUGGACGCUGAUGAGUACCUCAUCCCCCAGCAGGGCUUCUUCCACAGCCCCUCCACGUCCCGGACCCCCCUCCUGAGCUCUCUGAGCGCCACCAGCAACAACUCCACCGUGGCUUGCAUUGACAGAAAUGGGAGCUGUCCUCUCAAAGAAGACAGCUUCCUACAGCGGUACAGCUCAGACCCCACUGGCACCUUGACUGAGGACAACAUAGAUGACACUUUCCUCCCAGCACCCGAAUACAUAAACCAGUCCGUCCCCAAGAGGCCGGCAGGUUCCGUGCAGAAUCCGGUCUAUCAUAAUCAGCCUCUAAACCCAGCUCCUGGCAGAGACGCUCACUACCAAAACCCCCACAGCAAUGCCGUGGGCAACCCUGAGUAUCUCAACACUGUCCCUCCCGGCAUCACCAGCGCGCUUGGUGGCCCCGGCCUCUGGGCCCAGAAAGACAACCACCAGAUCAGCCUGGACAACCCUGACUACCAGCAGCAUUUCUUUCCCAAGGAAGCCAAGUCCAACGGCGUCUUCAAGGGCCCUGCAGCCGAACAUGCAGACUACCUGCGGGUAGCCCCACCGAGCAGUGAGUUUAUUGGAGCGUGACCACGGAGGACAGCGGUGGCCGUAAGAGUCUCGGAUGUGUCACCCACCCUGGGACCAAGCCACGGCAGCAACGCCCAGUGCUGACAGUCACACCCUUGUUGACUCCUGGGCCCGUGGACUGGUUUGGCCAUAUUUGCUCCUACGGACCCAUCUUUCACCCAGGAAGUGCCCCCUCCUUGGAAGCACUUUGGGAAGUUGCUGGGAAGUUCCUUUGUCUUCAAACUGUGAGACUGCCACAAAAAGGCAUCCGGCAAGAAUAUUCUCUUUGGGCAGAAGUUUGCUUUUCAGUGAGGUAUAUUUGAUUUAAAAAAAAAAAGAAAAGAAAAGAAAAAAAUCUGCAUAAGGAGUUUUAUUGCUUGGGGACCCUGGGGGUUUUUAAUUGUCAUUAUGGAUUUUAUUUCUCCUGGGCGUUUCCAACGAGGAAGGAGCUUCUUGCUCAAGUACUGGCUGCACUGAGUAGAUCCAGGCCCAACUGUGACCAAGAAGCAAGGGUCAGAGCCUUCCAGCUAACAUUUGAUUCCACUGACUCUAGCUCCAAGAUUCUUCCACUGCAAGACAAUUUCUUUAAAAAAACUAGAAGUACUCUGUGUCCUAAGUGGGACUGGUUGGUACUGUAGCAAAUCAUAGCACGUUCAAGAGGAUAAGCCACUUUGAACCCUUCCCGAGCACGAAAGAAAUGGAAGGGGUAGAAUUCUUCUUCGGACUUCUUUUUAUAUAAAUGUCUUCAUGGUACUUACUCUCCAUUGGUUGACCAGCUUUUUCUAGCUAUAAGUAUUGGACUUACUUGUUUCUUUUCCAUUCCACUGUUUGGAAGCUCGGUAGGAGUUCCCUGUUGGUGAGAGGAGACGGUACAUCACACUCUAACCUGGACCAGCUUGCGUUGGAUCGGUGUUCAAUCCGGUAGCUUUUAAUCGCGAUGGAACGAUAAUGCAAAAGUUCACACGAGAACGUGGCUCCCAAAUUUGAGUCUCAGAGGAAAUACGGCAAGUCCCCUGGGGGUUAGGGAAUGAAUGGGCAUCUGUCCGGACACUGCAGAAAUGAGACGCUCCUCCUCAAACUCACGAAGCCUCCCACUACCAAAUUAGGCUUAUGGGAGACAAUUUCCUUUUUAUUUUACUAUAGAUGUUUUUUACUCAAAAGGUACUAACCCCCCUCCUUCUCUGGUAGGCUGUCCCCAAGGCCCCAAAAUGAAGGGAUCCAGAUUCCAGGGCCACCAAGCAGGAACUAACAGCCCUUGCCCCUGGGGGUACAUUUCACAGGGCAAAAUAAAGUUAACACUAUGCAUCGGGGGAAUUAAAGCGGUAAAUAUUAAAUCAGAGCUUGAAAUCCAUGACAAUGCCUUAACAAUAUCUACAGAUCGUUUUUUGAAAGGAAACAAAUUCCCUCCUAAAAGUUUCCCUAGCAUUGGAGGAUCCAGCUAAUUUAGGACCCAGAGUGCUCUUGUGUCCUUGCAGCCUGACCGGUGCGUGGCAGCCCUUUGUACGCAGGUGUUAAACCCCCUAGUCUUUCAAGGAAAAGAUCUUUCAGACCAUAUUUCUGACCUAUGGAUGUGUCCAGCCCCACACACGUACAAGAUUUCCCUUUCGCUGUUAAAGUAGUAAUUGACUCUUGGAUCAGGGCCCUACAGUUUUGUUACCAAUAUAUUGACUUUGUUCCGAUGGAAAUAUAAACUCUAUUUAGUUCAAUUCCGCUGUGUUUUCAGAUACUCUAAGUACCUCUACCAGCUCAGCAUAGACUCUGAAGACCUAAAAAUAAGUAAAACAUUAUCUCCGAUUCCAAGAAAUUCACAAUUCAGCAAAGGGAAUUGACUCAAACACAAACCUUAACACAGUACGACACAGGGUAGGCAAGACGGGUCAGCCAAGCACACUCAGCACAGGGCAGGGAAGAGUGCGUCCUGCCUUGGGAGGGCCCUGGAAGGCUCAUCAGGGAGGGAGUGGUGGAGUUGGGCCAAAACAUGACCAGGGUCUUAGCCACGAGAGAAAUGGGAGUGUGCUCCCGACAGACAAAACCUUGACCAAGAAAGCAUCUGCCAGAGAAACUGCUAAAAAAGUAGGAGAAAGGCCACCUUCGUGCAUCUUAACCAGCUGUCCCUUUAAGCCUGGGAACUAGCGUGUGGCAUUCCCCCAGCACCCCACAUGGGGGGGGGGGGUCCCUCCCUGGGGAUCUGAAAAUGAUUCUUGAAAAGAUUAAACAUUUCUAAGACUCUCAAAUUUUAUGUCAUUGUCAGUAAAUCACUUUUGUUACUUACUCGCCUCAGAACAUAAAUAUCUUAGCCAGAAUCUUCUUUGGCCCUGGGAAACAGACUGAUGCACAUUUUAUUACCACUUUUUCAUCAAGAAGCAAGUGAUUGGUGAGGGAGAGCAACUGUAUGUCAGUCCGACUGUAGCGGUUAAAUCCUAGUAUUUUUGUAAUUUGCAAUAUUUUACUAUAACAUAAUAAAACAGCAAAAACUAUUCAAGCUUUUUCUCCUUUGUAUUUCAGUUUUCCUGCAUAAAAUCUAGGUGCUAAAUCCUCAAUUUGAAAACUGUGUUUCCCACGAUAUCCUCCCCCUGGCUGUGCAGGGAGGGCUUGGAGAUGCCUCAGAGCCCAAGACAGCAGAGCCCACCAGUCAGGGACCCCCACCAUCACUAUGGGCAGACAAGGAGAGGAGGGCCCCCCAGAGCCCUGGUGUUUCCACCUCAUGGCCCUGCUUGGCCCGAGUUCAAAGUUUAUACCGCAUCUCUUCCGUUCCUCCUUGUGGAGCCCAGGUCCUAAGACCCUACGAAGGGCCCGUUCCUUCCUCAGUCAGCCCAUGGCCCUGCCCGAGAUCUGGCCUUUGGAGACAGUUCGGUGAUGCUGACAGUGGGCCUGCGUCCUGACACCUCUCCUAUAAACUCAGGAGUCCCUGUACUCAUGCCCUAUAAGUAACGUUUCUGUCACCUCAUGAAGUAAAAAAGAUUAAUCUUCCAACUCCUAGAUGUGCUGAGUCCCAGUUGUCGCCGACUUUAUUGUAACCAGGAGCACUGUGGGGACAUCGUUUGAUGACAAGUUGUAAGUUCUUAAUUUGGGGCUUUAGCCCCCCACCAACCGCAGACCCAAAUGAACUGGCUCUCGAGCUUGGCUGCUCUCCGGUAUCUCCCCGGGUCCAACCUCAAAGAUUCUGAUUUGAUUUGCCUCCUGUGCAGCCUGGGCCCAGGGGCCUUUCGGAACUUCCGCAGGUUAUUGUGAUGAGCUCCAAAGUUUGGGGAACCACUGGUGAAAAGGAAAGGCCAGUGGGUGGGUGGAGGCCUGUCCCUUGGCUGAUGGCAUCUCACUCACCAGUCACAGUCCUUGGGUUCCUCAAGCAGAGGUGAAGCCGUUGGGUUACGGCGACUCACAGUUCUCGUCCUCUCUGCCAACCUUAAAAAGAAAGGGCUGCCGUAAACAAUGAAUCUUGGAACAGUGCAUCAAAAACUAAUGAUGCAUUUUAUGGUGACUAACAUAACACAAUCAAAUUUUUAAAAAAGAAAAAAAGGGGGGGGGGGCCAGUCUCCCCCGACCGGUACAAUCAGACACAGGGGCUCCCCGUGUGAUCCCAGUGGGCAAGCAGAGUUGAAACACACAUCCCUGAGGUGACCCGCAGGCAUCCCAGCGGGCCCCCCAGAGGGGGUGGACAGAGAAGCCUGAGUCAGGUAAAGGUUCCCAGAGGAGACGGCGUGGAGGGAACAAUAAGCUGACCUUAGUAUUCCUGAGACUUGGCUACUAUUGACUAUCCCAAAGCCUCUAAUUCUUUGUCCCCAGCAGCUUAUCCUGUAAGUGGCAAGUAUGAAAACUGAGCCUUGAUAGGGCCCUGAAAUGGUGUGGAUUUCCUAAGAAGUUAGAAAAUGAAUGAGGGGCUUGCUGGAAGGGACAGCUGGUGAAAUUGCCCUUAAUGUCUACUUUGCAUUUCUUUCUUUUGAUAAGUACACGUUUUUAUUACAACAUAAUGAUCUGUUUGUAUGACCUUGCCUAGGGCUGUAAAACCUUACCAAAAAGAAAUCCUUGCCCCAAGGGGCAUACCUUUUUGUACUACGGAAAGAUGCGUUCAGAUAGGAAUUUUAAAAGAUAAUCUAUUUUUGUAACUUUUUUGAGGACGAUUAUCCUCACUUGUAGCACUGAACUUUGUAUGUUUUUAGGAAAACUCAUUUUUCUACGAAAGGUUCGAAAGACAAAUAGAAUCAAAAUUCAAAACUGAAAUCUUUGUUUAAAGGAUUUAAUCCAAGCAGGGCAAGUCUGUCUGUCUUAUAAAAAGGGCACAGCCUCAUCGCAGAGCCAAGCUGGGUCAUGGUCCUAAUAAAGAAGAGAAGAACACUUUUUCUAUUUGUGAAACGAGAGAAGGUGAAAAGCACACGUGAUGUGGCUCAGUCCUGCUCUGAAGCGGGUUCUGUCAAGUCGGCAGCCGUAUUGGAGGGAAAGACUGUCUCACUGUGAACGCAGAUCCCGUCAGUGUAAAGAAAAGCAAUAAUAUAGCACUUUGCUGGCUUAUAUAUACUAAUCUGACUUUGAUACAAAUUAUUUUUAUAUUUACAGUUGCUAUGCAUUUACCAAUAGACUAGAAAUGCCUGCAGAGCUCUAAUCACGGUUAGCAUGUUUUGGUAACUUGGUAACUCAGUAUGUUGAUGAAGCCCAUGUUUCCCAGGCCCGCGCACGAUGCUCCCCCAGCCACCCUCCCCUCCCCAAGCCCAGAAAGGGUGUUCUUGGCCCUGGCUGCACAGUGAAAUCCCCGGGGGAGCUUCUGAAACCAGUGAGGCCCCGCUGGACCUCUGACUCAUUAAAUACAAAUCUUUAUGGGUGAAAUCCAGGCAUUUCUGCUCUGGAAAGCUCCUAGAGGUCAUUCUUGUGCACAGCCAUGGCGGAGAACCCCCAGCCUAGGGAGGCUGGGCUUUCAGCAAAUUCUGCUGGUGCAGGUACCUGGGGUUGGCUCCCAGGAGGGGAGACACAGUCACCUGGUGACCUUUCCCAGAGCCAGAGGAGACCCUGACACAUCAGUUACAUUACAAAGGGGAGACAUUAGAAUGAUUGUAUAAGCAGUAGGAUGGCUUUUAUAAAAACAGGAGUCAGAGAAAAGGAUUCUUGCUUUAAGAAACACUUUUCUAUUUUCCUCAUAAAUUUUAUCUGGGAAGAUACCUGAAGCGAUUUGUACUGUUUUCUCUCCCAUGUUUAACUGUACAAGCACAGUGUGACCUCUGAGGUCACAGGUCUGUCCUGUAGGAUUUGCACACAGAAGUGCCACAAAUCCCCACCUAUCACCUAGCAGAUAAAACUGCAAGGAAAAUAAGUGCAUUUAUUAUUUCUUCAACCCUUUGGACCUGGUUUGACUACAAAAAUAACCUUACAGUGUGUAACACCAUCUUUUGGAAAUGAAGAGAUCCUACAGGUCUGAUGGCUGAUAAUCAGAGCCUACCAUGUAAAACAGGCUAACAGACAGCUUCAUUUUUGAAAUGAGCGAGCAAGAGCUUGAUAGCUUCUAUGUAUGGUACGUCUUAACGUUGUAAAGUUUUGCUGUGAUGAAAACAAUAUUUGUACAGAUGAAAAGCAAGACUCUCUUUUCUGUGGUUUACACUGUUGAUCAGAACAUGUUGACUGUAUAUAAAAAUUGGAUGUAUAUUAUUCAUUGCUCUUCUUAUGAUUACCUUAUAAAUAAUAUUGUAUCCUUUGUUAACAAUGCAGCGUUGACAAGUUGAUAAUCAUAUCUGACCUACUGUAGAUGUUCUUCUUGAUGACUUUUUAAAAUUAAUAAAUUUUAUUUUUAGAGC